UCCAGUGCUAGCCUUCUCAGGUUCAGUUGCCUCAGGCAAGCGUGUGAUUCAGAAUAUGGAAAUCAGUAAAUGGGAUGCUCUUUCAUUUCUGAAAUGCCAUAUUGAUGAGUCCAGGCUGAGCUUUGGCUCAAUAUCCUUGGAUAUUGACCCUGACCUCAUUUGCCUAUGUGGGUAUUGUUUGGUCUUUCUGUUCCUGUGCUACCUGGUGGGGAUUCCAUCUCUAUUCACUGGCUGGAAAACCACAGAGAGGAGAAAGUGCAGCGCCAAGAGGAGGCGGAAAGGGGGGACACUGACAGGUUGGAGCUAUUGCCAGAGUGACACAGAAGAGGAAGCUGACUGCUUCAGUGGAAAGUUCCCUGGGCCAGAAACAUGCUACCACCCGCUUUCGCCAACUAUUGUGUCCAGACCCCUUCUGUGAAGUGUGUAAUAGAGCAACUGCUGAGAUCAACCAACUGCUGUUCUCAGAAGCCCUGGAAGAUGCUCCCUCUGUCUCUCCUUUGACCUCCACAGCUCCCAUGGCUGGGUCCUCAUUCACAAUGUCCUCUGCCUUCCCAGCAGCUCCCCCUGGAGACCAAAUACCAGUUUCUUUGCUUCAACCUUCCCCACUACCCCUCUCCAACCCUCUUCACUCACCGAAUCCACUGACCUGUUUAGAUGAGUUUCUUGCACCCUCACUGGGAUACAAUCUGUCACCAGAGCCUUUUCCUUCACUGGGUCCUGAAUUCCCAGCAGGCCAUUCUUCACCACAACACCGUGCUUUUUCCCCAGUCCCCCAAUAUGACACUAAGAGAGUGGACGUUAUGCUCCCAGCACACACCCCUUUGUCUCUAAAUAACAUCUUCUCAGGGGACCCCACCCUCUGUCAAGGUAUCAAAGCCUUACCUAAUUUGCCACAACCAAUGAAUCCUGAUGAUCCAUAUGGUUAUCAUCAUCCACCACCAACACUGUCUGUUUCAUCACCUCAAGACACCACGGUAACUCGGACUCAAUCUAAAGCAAUUUCCAUCUCAUUCAAGACGGUCUCAGAGAACACCACCUCCUGCAGCCCACCAGGGCUUUCUGUUUCAGACUGGUUAGCCUCUACCUGGGCACCACGUGGGGACUUCACUCACGAAUGGCUUGCCCUUCCGUCUUUCGAGACCUCUGUGAACCUGCCAUUUCUCAGUGCAGACGUCUUGGAACUCCUAGAGAGGCAAGUGCAAAAGCGGAGUGAUUUCCUGAUGUGGAAGGACAAGGAAAAGAAUAGUUAUUCCUUUCCAAAACCACAGGGACCAGGGUACCAACCGAAAUCUUCAGGGGAAAUGUUAGGGUCCCCUGCUGAUAAGGAUGACUCAGCAGUCUCCCUUCCCCAAGGAAGCCCCAAAGGCAAACCACAGGAGCUGCAGAUGCAUGAACUGCCCCCACAUCUUAAAUCUUUGGGGGACCAUUUACAGCAAAAAUGCAUCCAGCUCUUCUGGGUUCUCCCAUCCCUACACAGCGAGUCCUUGCGCUCUGCCGUUUCUCUCUCGGGGGGCGCUCCCCCUGUCUCUUUUUUCAAUAGAAUAUCAAAUGCCUCCACCAAUCAAGAAGCCCCAGAGCUUCCCCAGCCCCUCCCUCUGUCCUCACCCGAAAUCCAGACUCCAGCGUUGCCUCAAACUCCACCACAGUCCCCGUCCAUGCCACAAUCCCAGCCGCCAGCCGACCUGACUUGCCCAAUCCCAGCCCAACCAUCUGGCCCUUCACACCAAAUUAAGAUCUGUGGCGUGUUUUUCAAUAGACCCGAGAAUGACCCAGAUUGUCUCCAACCUGCUGAUA